AUGUUACUCCUAAUUUUGUUGCCCUUAAUCGGGGCUCAAAAUCCGUAUGGACCUUCACAACUCGACCAAUACGUACGAUUGCUAAAUUCUGGUAAUCUCGGAGGUUUUGGCUUCAUACAAAACGCACUAGCUCAAGGGACUGUGCGAGGCCUCGGUGAUUUGAAUCCACCUCCUUUAUUAGCUGGGUUACCACCGCUUCCGUUGACGUACGAUGAAGUUAUGGAACAGCUAACCUCAACUUCGCCCCCUCCGACAACCCGUGCCACAGCUAAACCGACUACUCCUUCGUCUAACCCCGGAGGUGUCUAUGCUGUCAAUAAUAUGGUGGAAAUGCCUCCUAUGCCAGAGAAUCGCUUACAUGGAACAUUCGAUGAGGAUGGUGUAUUCCACCCUGAUAAUAAUAUCGAAAAAUCCGACGAUGAACAACAUAUCGUUAGAAAUCAGAUUCAAGGCACAAAAAUUCGGGAAUUCUCACAAGCUGAGCGGGACACUGUAGAUGGUCACCAAGAAGUCCCAAUCAAAGAAGAGGAGUACAGUGAUGAUCAGUAUGUAGAUGAUCCUCCCAAUCGAAGAACAUCUGCUGUCGAUGCACAUAAACUGGCUGAACAUGGUACCGAGAAAAAGACCCGAGUACCACGACAAAACUAUCCUAAUCAGCGCAAGUUCGCGAAUCCGCCACCAAAACAACGAAGGGUAUACGAGCAUUCGCGAACAUCCCAUAUAGCUGGUUUAAAGCCAACCAUACAACACGAAGAGCCGCGCUACCCUCCCUUUGUGUUCAGGCCAAAACCCCCACCACCCCAAAGAGAACCUGAAUAUAACAAUCUCCUUGCUGAAAUAGAGGAAUACGACGAUUUCUUGGAACAGCAACGUGUCUAUCGCUCUCGUUAUCCACAAGCAAUAAUUCAUAAUCCUUAUCGAGAUUUGCCGGCUGGGCAACUUCCAUCAGCAGCAAAUUUCCAGACACAGAUUCCUUCACCGAUAGCAGAAAAACUCCCAGCUCCAAGAAGAGUCGUCACCACAAUACCCAACAAUAACUGGCCACAAGUACAGCAACAAUGGUCUGCACCUCAGCCACAGCCCCAUCCACCUCAGCCACAACCUCACCCACCUCAACCACAACCACACCCACCUCAACUACCACCACAGCCACAACCACAGAACGUUCCUCCACAGUUCACAAAUACAGCAACGGAACAUCCUAUUCUAAAUUUUUUGAAUCUCUUCUCGCCACAUCACGCGCAUGCGUUAGCAGCGCCACAAGUGAGUCUGGACGAUGCAAAGCCGGCAACGUCCACUUCUGCCCCACGUCCAAAUCCAUAUCAAUUUGGAAUGAUGCCAUUUCCAGCUCAAGGCAUUCCAUUAGUAAAUAUACAACAACAACCCUUAACGCUCUUUCCUAGAAAUACAGGUCCUAUGGAAUUUUGCAAAAAUGAGCCCUACCUUCUAAUUUCGGAGACAGCCAGCUGUGCGGAGUCUCCACCGUGUACUCAAAUACUCUGCUAUGAAGACGUCUCCUGUUUUUUGGCCUCUACUCUCUCGCCGAUCGUUGCCGGUUGUCGCACUCCCGAGAGGGAGCUGUUCUGCGUUUGUCCCUCGUUCCCGCCACAACUACCGCCAUCGUUUACCGCGUUCCGCAAACGCGGAACAACACUUUCCGCGAUGAGUACGACCACAAGCGCGCCCACGGAAAAUCCCAUCCAGAAUAAUACAGAUGGGAAUGGGUUGUCUGGUGGUGCAAUUGCAGCCAUUAUUAUUGGAGUAAUACUCUUCCUCGCUCUGCUUGGUGUAGCAGCAUUCUUUGUGAUGAGAAAAAUUCGCGAUAGGAGACGGAAUCACGGCGAGUAUCGGCCGCAAUUCGAGGAACUGCACCAUGCCAAGGAUUUACCGUACCUACAACCGCCAGCAGUAGAAGGGCUCAUCUAGCUUAUCUGAAGAAACGGCUAGACUUCAUUUGCAAGUGCGAUCUGUUGCACUUGAUUCAAUUAUUCAAGCCCCGAUGGUGAUUCGCUUGUACUUCAUCGUGGUGAUUCGAAUUCUCUUUCGGAGUUAUCGAAAAAAUGAUCUACUGUGCCACUUUAUGGCGAGCUAUAUACUUAACAUUGAAGCGAUGCUUUCCUUAGGGUUUUACUAAGUCCCGGUUUUCAAUGCUUCACUUCUUCUCAUGAUUAGUGUCUGUGAAUUGAAUCCUCAGGUUUCAUUAGACAACAGAACCCCUCAAGGUUCUGACUCUCAGCUUCUCAUUGAGAAAAAUUUAAUUGCUUCGUUUUCUCUUCCGUGGUAAUGUACAGUUCAUGUGCCUCAAUGAUGAUCAAUGAUUCUUUCAGACUUCUACCAUAAUGUAUGCUAAUAUUUUCUUGACUCGUUCUAUUUAAUGUUGAUUACAGUUGUGUAUAGUUCUCUCCUGAUAAGAGUUUUCACUAUAUGAAGACAAACUGUGAUUGCUAUUCUUGUUGUGCUACUGCGAGGGACUGUAAA